GGUGGAGCGGCUGGCACCGCCUCCCAGUGGGGACCGGCGCCCCGAGGGCUGGCCGGGCUAUAAGUUUGCCUCCGCACAGGUUGCCGUGAGAGUCGGCUGGCCGCCGCGCACCUGCCCGGAGCCGGCCCGCGGGAGGGAUCCUGCUCCAGGUCAGGGUACCUCUCCCGAGGCAGCGGCAGCGGCUUCUGCCAGCCCCGGCAGAGACGGAGAGGAAACUGGAAAUCCCACCCGGAGGAUGAGCAGGAGGGAUGAGGACUUGCUUCGCAUUAUGCGAUGAGAACGCUCGGGAAAGACCUCAAGUAGAGCAGAAAGCAAAGCCCACGGAGAGCAGCUAAGGACUCUGGAGUGAAUAUGAUUCAGGAAGCCGUGAGUUAAGUAAUUCUGUCUGCUUGUUUGCUAAUAUCACCUGCUAUUUCUGAAUACCGGGAAAGACACUUGAUCUUAAUGAUGGCAUAGAGAUAUUCAAGAUUACACUGUGUCCUCUGAAAAACAAUAUGAGCUUUAGUGGGUGAGUCACAAACAAGGUGUACGUUUCCUUCCCUCCUGAUCCCUUUCAAACAAGAAUAUUAUGCUACACUGUUUAUCUUGAGUAUUGAAAGGGCCGAGGUGAAAUUUCCCGUAUGCUGAAUAACUCUUAGGGUAGUACCAGGACUAAAACAACAUUUUUUCAGGGCUUCCACUAACAGCAUCCAACAUUUCCCUAUAACUACACUUUUUAUUCACUGGUACAAAAAACAGGGAACUUGGGUGGUUCACAUGAACAGACAUGCAUGUUUUAGACUUGUACAUUUUCAAAUUACUUUUUAUAGGUAAAACAUUGUGUCCUGCCGUUUAGUUACAUGGACCAUCAACUGUUCCCAGUAAGGGGAGAGGGUCCAUAUCUCAGUUCCCUCCCUGCUCCAUCAAAGCAGCAGAGACAUAUGACAAAAAUCACCUGACGUGUCCCGCUACUUGUUCUCACACUGUACAUGCAGGAGGCGACAGCGCUUAAAUGCAGGACUUCAGCAUAAGAAUAGGCACUGUCAUGUCAGAUUUGAUGUGGAAUCUUCAAGGAUAAUGUCAAACAGUGCAGAGGCUGGUCUAAACCACCAGCAGCAGGCUCAUUUGGUCUAAUGAGACUUUUACAUAGUCCUUAACUGGGCUCUGAAAUAUUAAGUGGAUAAAAUUGCCAUGCAUUGAGUUCCUUUCCAAAAACGUGUUUACCAUUAUUGAGAGCGACUUUGUUUAAUCUUCCACAUCAGUACCAUUACUCAGUCUUCAUAGAUUACUUUUUCUGUGAGAUUCUGAAUUAAUUCAAUAAGUGCAUGGAAAAAAUCCUCUUUAAAAAAAAAAUUGCUUUUGAAUUUCUUACCUCUUUUAUAUAGUUGAGUGGCUGUCUUUACGGGAAAAAGUUUUGAACUACCCUAGUCAGUAUUAAUCUUACAAGAGAACAGCACUAAUUUUACCCAUCCCUUUCAUACAGAAAAUUCUACUGAGGCACAGGUUUUUCCUAUUUCUAUUAUCUCAGCCCUCCUUCAAGACAUGGACGGUUGGAGUGAGGUUUCUUUCUCAAGCUUACUACGUCCUUUCAUUCAAACAGAUAAAUCAAAACACUUGGCAGUUUGUAAUAGAAGGGUGGAAUGGAACUGGAAAUGGGUUAGCAGUGACUAGCAGGACUUGGAGAUUGCAAGGCCCUGCCUUCAUCCAGGUCAGAAGAGAAGGAAUCCAGCAGGAGAGGAGCUAACAUGUGAGGCACUGUACUGCAGCACAAGUACAUGUAUGGAGAAGGCUGAAGACUUUAAAGGUUACUGUCCUGUAAACGAAAAUUGAAACUAAACAAAUGAAGCUCCCAAGAUAGGUUUGUUACCUCUGAGUUGUGGAACACUGAAACCAGAAAGAGGCUGAGAAAUAUAUUUGGCCACCUGUAAUUGGAACUGGAAUCAUUGUAUUCUGAGCAGUGUCAUCAUACCAGUUGUAAGUGUGAAUUUCCAGCAGGAAACUCUUCUGAUUUGUCACAGGAUUAAUGCUAUGACCUGGUGUCCUUGGCAGUCAAAAGUCCUUACUACAGGAGGUGGAAUGAAAGAUGGGAUUUUGUGUGUCUGGCACAUGAAUUGUGAGAAAAUCAUCCAAAGUGCAAUUUCAGAUUCGCAGAACUGAAAAUUUAUUUGGAGUAUUUCCUGUGGCUGGACCAGAGUAAGAUAUCAGACGUCCUUGAGCAUUUGAAACGGAUGUGAGAGAGUUUUUAGUCCUCAUGCAAAACAACCAACUAAACAUAACAGAUUACAUCAGCUCAGGCUUUUCAAUUCCUGGAUGGCAGCAGAGUGCUAAUCCAACCUUCAUCCUGGAUUUCAUAAACUGAAACAAGGGAGGCUGGCAGGAGCAGCGCUGCCGGAUUGAGGAAGCUGACGACGGUGAAACAUGUGGGCAACACACUUUAUAAAGCUCAUAAACUUGUAGGCUGAUGUGUGCAGCUACCACUUUGGAUUCUGUACUGCUACUUCCCUCGGCAAGAGGCACCAGCAGGCUGAGCACUGAGACCUGCUCUCUGGGAUGGAGCAUUUACCCCUGCAAGAUAUGAAAGGCUUCUUGUUGCUCACACUCCUCCUGAUGCCCGUGCACGCUGGAGCUGCCUGGAGUGCGAAAUACGCAGUAGAUUGCCCCGAUCCUUGUGACAGUAACGCAUGCAAAAGUACUGCGCGCUGCAAGCGCACAGUGCUGGAUGACUGUGGCUGCUGCAGAGUGUGUGCAGCUGCUCUGGGGGAGACUUGCUAUCGUACUGUCUCGGGUAUGGAUGGUGUCAAGUGUGGUCCUGGGCUGAAGUGCCAGUUUUACACUGAGGAGGAUGACUUUGGUGAUGAAUUUGGUAUCUGCAAAGAGUGUCCCUAUGGUAGCUAUGGAAUGGAAUGCAGGAAAACCUGCAACUGUCCCUCUGGCAUCUGUGACAGAGUAACAGGGAAGUGUUUGAAAUUCCCGUUUUUUCAACUGUCUGCUUCAAAGCCUCCAAAUCGACGAAAAAUAUCUUCACACACAGACAAUGACAUGGCAUCAGGGGAUGGAAAUUCUGUCAAAGAGGAAUUCGUUAAAGAGAAAGUUAUUCGCUCUCCAGUAAUGAAAUGGCUAAAUCCUCGCUGAUAUUUACUUACACUUGUAAGACUUUCAAGUGAAUGCAUUACUCACAGAUUAAUGAUUAUGCAACAACACACUUUAAGAACAAAGUAGAUCUAUAACAUAUGAAUAUGUAAUCUCUGAAGCUGAAAUGUGACCUGUUUUUAAUGAGAAAAAUGUUUACUUAAAAAUAAGCUGUACAGUGUAUAUGACUUUUGAUAUUUGUUUUGAUAAGUAUUUGAACAGAGAAAUGUAUUGUGGACUUUUGAAUGUGUAGUUAUACUGAACAUGAUCAUUUAAAUAGUGCCAGAAGCGGACUCUUGCCUGCCUGAGGCUGGAAAAAGCUCUCACUGAAUGAAGAGGAUGGUUUGGGUGAGUGAUACUGUUGAUGUGGAACCAUCAUGAAACACACAUAAACAACACCUCAUGUGGAAGGAACACCCCUGUUCAAUAACAAUAAUAACAACAAAAGCAUGACAGUGUAAUUUAAAUAAACUGAUAUUAGUUCUUAACAAUUUUCUAGUUUUUGGAAACUUGGUGACAAUUCCUCAGAGAUAAAUAAGCCUUUCUUCAGAGAGAAAACACCCAGCACUUCAGUUUAUACAUUGUGAAUAAGUUAGGCAAGACACCGCAGACAUAUAUUGUAUUUAGUUGAAUUUCUAAAGUUAAAUUUUGUACAGAAAAUCAGCAGAUUGGUAAAUUCUACCAAUUUGUAGAAGGGGAUCUCAAACAAAAGAAGCUGCUUAUCAUUAUUUAAAUAUAUAUGUUUCUAUAAACCAGCUAGUUGGUGUAAUUAAGGCAAUAUAUGCAUUUCUUUAGAAAAAGUGGUGAGAAGCCAGCAAAGAGACCUUCAUACUUUCCAUCUUCACUGCUGGCUAUGGCCCAGAUGUGACUCACAGGGUGUUUAUUUGAUCCAAGGAAGACUUGGACCCUCAGCAAAUGACAGUGCAGAUGCAGACUACAGUAUUUUGGUACCCAGUCCUUUGUUUCUCAAUUGCAUGAGCAAGUGGUCCCAUUUCAGACAGAAAAAAACAUACAUAUGUUAGAGUGUUGCAGGAAUGGGCAGUCCUUCAUUCAGCCUAAGCUGGAUGAUAUAUGUGUAAGUCAAAAAUCACCACUCAGAAGGGCUUGCUAAUAUAUCUGAAAACAACCAGGCCCACAGAUAAUGAAAAUUGAUGUUGUUGUGUCAGACUGAACCUGGAUGAUAUAAGUUUAGGGACAGCUUUGUAACACAGAGCACUCUCAUUGGAAGUGUGGCUUGAUUUUAACAUUUCAUUUGAAAUCAGCCUGAGCUUUGACAAUGACUGCAGUGAAAGAAGAAACACACAGUACAGCAACCAGAGUUAGUUCGGGAUCUGAAAGCAUACUUUUAAAACUAUGUGCAACAGAAACUCUAAUGUCCUUAAGGAGAUCCAAAGCCAACAUCUGUGAAAGCAGGUCACCUGAGAAAGCAGGCAUGAAUCAUGCUGAUCUGCAACAAGAGGUUGAUGACAGAAGCAGACACCCAAAUGUCAGGAUGAACGACAGAUUCUCUUGCCAUGAUAAUUGGAGACAUACAAACAUAAAUUUCAAACUAUCAUAGUACCACAUUAUAACCUGUAUUGAAUGUUAGGGUCUGAGAGGGAAUAAUGUUAUCUUGGGCUGUUGAUUCUAAUCUACUGAUAUCAAAAGUAAUUUUUUCUUGAUUUCAGUGAGAGCAGGAUCAAACCGAUCUUUCAGCAGACUGAUGAGAAAUAUUUAAAGAAUGUAGUAAAUACUGCAUACAUUAUUAAUAUUUUGCAACAGUGUCAUAAAUGACAAGGUCUUGAA